AGUGAAACUCUCACGGUCACUGUGAGUGAGAGGAGAAAUGGAGCAGAACCAGCUGGACCGAGAAACCUUCUCCUGCUCGAUCUGCCUGGAUCUACUGAAGGAUCCGGUGACUAUUCCCUGUGGACACAGCUACUGUAUGAAGUGUAUUAAAAACUUCUGGGAUGAAGAGGAUCAGAAAGGAAUCCACAGCUGCCCUCAGUGCAGGAAAACUUUUCUACCGAGGCCUGAGCUGAGUAAAAACACCAUGUUAGCAGCUUUAGUGGAGCAGCUGAAGAAGACUGGACUCCAAGCUGCUCCUGCUGAUCUCUGCUAUGCUGGACCUGAAGAUGUGGCCUGUGAUUUCUGCUCUGGAAGAAAACGGAGAGCCAUCAAGUCCUGUUUAGUCUGUCUGGCCUCUUGCUGUGAGAAACACCUUCAGCCUCAUUAUGAUGUGGCUCCACUAAAGAAACACAAGCUGGUGGAGCCCUCCAAGAACCUCCAGGAGAACAUCUGCUCUCGUCAUGAUGAGGCGAUGAAGAUGUUCUGUCGUACUGAUCAGAGGUGUAUCUGUAUUAUCUGUUUAAUGGAUGAACAUAAAGGCCACGACACAGUCACCGCUGCAGCAGAAAGGACUGAGAGGCAGAGAGAGCUGGAGGUGAGACGAGAAAACAUCCAGCAGAGAAUCCAGGACAGAGAGAAAGAUGUGAAGCUGCUUCAACAGGAGCUGGAGGCCAUCAAGCACUCUGCUGAUAAAACAGUGGAGGACAGUGAGAAGAUCUUCACUCAGCUGAUCCGUCUCAUCCAGAAAAGAAGCUCUGAUGUGAAGCAGCAGAUCAGAUCCCAGCAGGAAACUGAAGGGAGUCGAGUCAAAGAGCUUCAGGAGAAGCUGGAGCAGGAGAUCACUGAGCUGAAGAGGAAAGACGCUGAGCUGAAGCAGCUCUCAGACACAGAGGACCACAGCCAGUUUCUCCUCAACUACCCCUCACUGUCAGCACUCAGUGAGUCUACAUCAUCCAGCAUCAAGAUCCGUCCUCUGAGCUGCUUGGAGGAUGUGACAGCAGCUGUGUCAGAGCUCAGAGAUCAACUACAGGACAUCCUGAGAGACGCAUGGACAAACAUCUCACUGAGACUCACUGAGGUGGAUGUUUCACUGUCAGAACCAGAACCAGAGAGCAGAGCUGGAUUCUUGAGAUAUUCAUGUGAAAUCACACUGGAUCCAAACACAGCAAACACUAAACUGUUUCUAUCAGAGGGGAACAGGAAGGUGACAGUGAUGCAUCAGCCUCAGUCUGAUUCUAGUCACCCAGACAGAUUCACUGGUUGGUUUCAGGUUCUGAGUAGAGAGAGUCUGACUGGACGUUGUUACUGGGAGGUGGAGAGGAGAGGGAGAGUUGAUGUAGCAGUCGCAUACAAGGACAUCAGCAGAGGAGGAAGAGGGAAGGAAUGUGGAUUUGGAUAUAAUGACAAAUCUUGGGCAUUACAUUGUCACCAGAACGGGUAUAAUUUUGGUCACAACAACAUCUGGACCUCCAUCUCAGGUCCUGGUUCCUCCAGAGUAGGAGUGUACCUGGAUCACAGAGCAGGUAUUCUGUCCUUCUACAGCGUCUCUGAAACCGUGACUCUCCUCCACAGAGUCCAGACCACCUUCACUCAGCCGCUACAUGCUGGACUUUUAGUUGGAGACUCUGCUGAGUUCUGUAAAGCCAAAAAGACAGAAUCCACUUAAGGUUCAGUGGCUUUGAUUCUGAUUUUUAAAUCUCCAGCAGAUUUAUUUCUUGGCUACUGAUGCUUCAUGGCUCAACUACACAGAAGUUAAUAUUCAGAGAUUGUCAGCACUUGUUUUUAUACUUGAUAUUCUGUUUCUGUGGGAUUUGUUAAUUUCUUAACAGCCGAUCAGCACCAGAGUAUUGCUGGUUUUCCCUUCUGGUUACUUUUAGCAGCAUUUACUGUAAACUCAGUAAUAAAAUGUCAAAUGAUUCCCCAGGUAGAAAUCUGUGGACUUGUGGUGAUUUUAUGUCCUGUUGAUUUUCAGGAGGAGAAUCUUUAGAGUGAAGCUGUUAUGUUGCCUUACUUUUUAUCUCUGUUGUUGAGGGCACACUGCCCCCUAAAGGAAGGUUGUGUUGUUACACGACAUGGAGUCAAGCAAGUGUUUAUUAUUGCUUCAUUAUCAUUGGGUUCUUAUAAUGUAUCUGUGGUUUAAUCACUGUAAACAAAAUAGUUGUGUGUGUUAUUAUUUAUGUAUUUGUGUGCUUUGUUUUCUGUAAUUAUAAAAGGUUAGCGCCUCACAUUUCAUAUCCUGUAGCCAGAAUAGUUUCUGUUUCUACCAGCCCAACUGUCUACAGUUGAACCAAUCAAAAGUAGCAAGUCAGAAAAAAUAACAUAUAUGGUUUGUUUUUUCUUCCAGCUACACACAGACGGUAAAAACAACCUGAGUUUAUUAUAAAACAUAACAAGGAGUUUAGUAAGACUGAAAAGGUUCUAGGUAUAGUUUCAGUGGUGUCUGCAAGGGAAAAGAACAAUUAAGGAUGUAGAAACCCCAAUAGAAAUACGAGAAGGAUGACAAGGGGAGAAAUUUCAGAGUUUGAAGACAACACUGAAGGAGAAGACCUGAUCCUGGGGUUGUAAGUUGAAGAUGUUGAAGACAAGAUAGAUAAAGCUGGAGAAAUCCCUGAAGCUUUGGAAGUGGAAGCACAUGGUGCUGGAGAGCAGGCAGGCUGGAGGGAUGAGGAGCCAAAUGAGCUACAGUGGACGGCCGUGGAGAAAUGAGGUUCCAGGAGAGAGUCUGUCACAGAGCGUGGCUCCAGGAGAGCCAGGAUGAGGAAAUGACUAAACCUGGGAGCACAGAGAGCAUAAGGGAAACAGGGUAGAAGGCAAGUGGAACAGAUUACAUUCUCCUGAGGACUUUGAAAGGAACUCUAGGAAGAAUAUCCAGAACACUUGAGUCUAUCACACAGGUUAAUCAUCAGGGAAAGAGUAAUAGUCCUGCAGCUCCUUAUAUCCACAGCAGUCCAUAAGGGUGAUUACUGUCAGUUAUGCUUGUCUGCUACAUGCUAAAUUUCACACUUUCUCUAAACAGCUCGUUGCUUUACAAACAAUUUGUAUUAAAUAUGAUAAAAUAUUUAAAUAUGUAUGCAGAGACCCUGUCUAUG